AUGCUGGACCUUGUUAUUCUGAGCCUCCACUUCUUCCUCUGCUUCCUCAUCUCCGUCGUGAUCUGGCGUGGAUCAAAGGAUGUGGGUUUGCACAGCUCAAGCACAGAAACAGCUGAAACGGGGCCAGAUGGUCUUAUAUUAAUUGGCAAAGAAAAUGACAUCAAGAGGUCCGGAAGAGCAACGGCCAAAAUUGAUGGCAGAGAACUUGUUGUUUUCUACCAUGAAGGGAAAUUUUAUGCUAUGGACUCUCGCUGCUACCAUGAAGGAGGCCCUUUACGUCUUGGACAAAUAGAGGAUAUCGAUGGUCAAGCAUGUAUUGUUUGUCCUUGGCAUAAGUUUAAAAUUACUUUGGAAACUGGAGAAGGAUUAUAUGAAGGAAUAAACCCUUUGGAGACAUCACCAAAACCAAAGUGGCAAUCAAAAGGAGUCAAACAAAGGAUUCACAAAGUGGCAAUAGACAAUGGGAAUGUUUAUGUGAGUCCUCCAGAUUUCUCUGUAAGCUUCGACUCCGAUUAUUUUGCUGAGAAGUACAAAAAUCAUGGUGAGUUAGCAAUGGGAAAACCAAGCAACUUGGAAGCAGCAGAGUGA